CUCCUCAAUAGGGAACAAGAACACGAAAGCAGAAAUAUUAACUUAAGGUGGCGGUAAUGCGCACGGACCCUGGUUGCCAACUAUACCGGAAGAAAGAAGAAACACAAUCGCAAUGGAGAAGGAAUAUGUGCAAAUAUUGCUUCUGACUUUGCGAGCUUAUAUUGGAACCCGUCAUCGACUUCUUCAGUUUCUCCGUGACAUGCAUCAACAGAGAUUACGUAACAGGAAGAAGGUGCUGUUGUGGCUCAUAUCAAGGCGAGCGCCACCUUCUGUGUGGAUGCGUCCGCGUUCUCGGCACUGGUGGGACCACGUUGUUCCGGAUUUCAGCCCUUCGCAGUUCCAGCAGAAUUUCCAUUUAUCCAGGAAGACCUUUGAGUACAUCUGCGGUCGGGUGAGACGUGCCAUGGGGAGAAGGGACACAAAUUUCCGUCCCUCGAUCCCUUUUGAAAAGAGAGUCGCGAUUGCCGUUUGGAAGCUCGCCAACGGCGGUGGCUACAAGACCAUUAGUCGUCUCUUUGGGGUGGGCCUGAGCACCGUGUACUUGUGUGUGCGAGACUUCUGCAUCGCGGUCACUAAGCUACUCCUUCCCAUCCACAUCAGAUGCCCCGAUGCUGACAAAUUGGUGGAGAUGUCCACCUUGUUUCACGGCAUUUGGGGAGCACCACAAUGUGUGGGUGUACUCGGUGCUUGCCACAUUCUCAUAGCGAUUCCGAAUGAGAACCCCCAACACUACAGAAACCAGAAAGGCGGAUACUCUGUCAUUCUCCAAACGGUUGUGGAUGGAAAAGGACACUUUUGGGACAUAUGUGUUGACUCUCCGGGGAGUGCGUGUGACGCCGCAGUGCUACAGCAGUCACCGUUGUGGGAGCUUCUAAGCGACGGGCAAUUGUUGGGUCAAAACAAAGUCGACAUCUCGGGCCGUGAUGUUGGCCAUUACCUCAUUGGUGGCCCAUCGUACCCCGCGGAGGAGUGGCUCAUGACACCCUUCUGCGACACGGAAGACCUGACUCCGGAACAAGUCGCCUACAACUCCCGACUGAACGUUGCAAGGUCCGUUUUAGAAACAGCCCUCGGGAGAUUGAAAGGUCGAUGGAGAUGCCUCACGAAGAAACUGGACUGCAAAGUGGAGCUCGCCAGGGAAAUGGCUAUUGCCUGCUGUGUACUGCAUAACAUUUGUGAAGAACAUGGUGACGAUUUCCAGGAGGCGCAGCCUGAAAGUCCACCUGGUCAGACUUCCCCUAUGGACUGUACCGCACAAGGGCCUGGUAUUAGAACCGCAUUGCUGCAGUACUUUAGCGGGGACAAUCAGUGAAUGUCAUCCAUCCAUCCAUUUUACAUGCCGCAUAAACCAGCGCCUCUCCUGAAGGAACACUACUUGCCGGGCCCGUCGCCAAAGCAUCACAGGAUGCACAGAUGACUCACAAAAAUGUAAGGAUCUUAGGCUUUCGCGUGAAAUUUCGGGAUGAACCUAAAAUGCACUCUACCCUUACCAGCGGAACUUAUUUGGACCAUGUCUGAACUUUGAAAUCUGAAAUGUCCAGCUGUUCAGUGCUUCGGUUGUUUUUGCACAACAUUCCUCUCGCAAGGAACUAACUAAAUGUCAAAAUUCACAGUAUGCGUUUGGUUAUUUAUUUAUGUAUGUCAUUUCCGAGGAGAUCCACUUCUAUACCUUUAUUGAUGAGACUCGAUAAGCUCAGUUAGCCGCCACCUUUCUGAGAACAUCCUUGAGUACUGUUCAAUCGCUCGGUGUCAAAAUGUGUACAGCGUGAUGGGAGCUGUUUGAAUGCCAAUUCUGAUUGAAUCAGGAUAUUUUAGUCAUCCAUUCAUGAAUCGAACUCCUAUUUUGAAAUUUGCCAUUGUAUGAUGGCUAUUUAAAAUGUAUACUGUGAAGGAAGAUCAACCUAAAAAUAUCAUCUAAAGGUGUGGCAGGCCGCCGUGCAUCAUGGCCCACAACUGCAAACUAUCAUUUCGAACAUCUUGUUAAAUGUCUUUGAUAGUGUCACGUAAAACAGGAGUGAAUGAUUUUAUCGUGUGUCAGCCACGUGUCCACAGAGGUUUUUCUUAAACUAUGGCACAGGCCCCUUGAGGUACUUGUUCAAAUGGCGUUUCUGGUUACUGUACCAAAUGUGAUGACAUGUCAUGGUUUCUCCCUCCUGUGUUGUCAUUUUAACAUCAGGGUUGAUUACGCAGCUCAGAUUAAUUUAAAAGCACACAUUUUUAAUAAAAAGUUUUAAAACCACAGUGUCAUAUUCGUAAUUGAUGACAAAGUAGAAUCACCUCAAAAUUUUACACCUGGUGAUAGUCUCCACUCCUGUUUUUAAUAUUCUAACCAACCUAUUUAGAUAAAUGACACAUGAUUGAAUACAGAUGUAUGCCCCAUUAGAUUUGUUCAAGUGUACUUAAUGAAUUAUCUUGUCAAUGUGCCCUGAAGAAGAAAGUCCAUCAAUAAAAAUCUACAGCAAGUCUUGUUGAUCUUCCA